CGGAGUGAUUUCUUUGGGGGGGGGGAUUUGUUUCCCCCCCCUUCCCCAUCUUUCCUGACUGUACGGUCCACAGGAGUGCCUUUGUCCGAACAGGAUUGACUGUCCGCCGAGUUUGACCAGCCUGGCCUGACAUGAUGUACCUUUGGGGUAACCAGGAGCCAACGGCCACUCCUGAUGCAAUGGUCCAGCCGUUCACCACCAUCCCAUUCCCACCACCUCCCCAGAAUGGGAUCCCCACAGAGUAUGGGGUGCCCCACACUCAGGACUAUGCGGGCCAGACCAGUGAGCACAACCUGACGCUCUACGGAAGUACCCAGGCGCAUGGGGAGCCGAGCACCAACACGCCCAGCACACAAAAUGGAUCUCUUCCGCAGACAGAAGGAGGGGCGCAGACGGAUGGACAGCAGUCGCAGACACAAAGUAGCGAAAAUACCGAGAGUAAGUCCACUCCGAAGCGGCUGCACGUCUCCAACAUUCCCUUCCGAUUCCGGGACCCUGAUCUCCGGCAGAUGUUCGGGCAGUUUGGCAAAAUCCUUGAUGUAGAAAUAAUCUUUAAUGAACGUGGCUCCAAGGGAUUCGGGUUCGUAACUUUCGAGAAUAGUGCUGAUGCAGACAGGGCCAGGGAGAAAUUACACGGCACCGUGGUAGAGGGCCGUAAAAUCGAGGUGAAUAAUGCCACAGCACGUGUGAUGACUAAUAAGAAGAUGGUGACGCCAUAUGCAAACGGUUGGAAGUUAAGCCCAGUGGUUGGAGCGGUAUAUGGCCCUGAGUUAUAUGCAGCAUCCAGCUUUCAAGCAGAUGUCUCGCUAGGCAAUGAAGCCGCUGUGCCCCUUUCAGGAAGGGGGGGUAUUAACACUUACAUUCCUCUAAUCAUUCCCGGCUUCCCUUACCCAACGGCAGCGACCACGGCAGCGGCGUUCCGAGGGGCCCACCUGCGGGGCCGGGGCCGGACGGUCUACGGUGCGGUCCGAGCGGUGCCGCCCACGGCCAUCCCUGCCUACCCAGGUGUGGUUUACCAGGACGGAUUUUACGGUGCUGACCUCUAUAUAGACUCUGCAAACUGCUUCAGAUCCAACAGGGUGGAUACGCAGCCUACAGAUAUGCACAGCCUGCAACUGCAACUGCAGCUACAGCUGCUGCAGCCGCUGCAGCCGCUUACAGCGACGGUUAUGGCAGGGUUUAUACAGCAGACCCCUACCACGCCUUGGCCCCUGCCGCUAGCUACGGAGUUGGAGCUGUGGCGAGUUUAUACCGAGGUGGCUACAGCCGAUUUGCCCCCUACUGAAGUGACGUGAGACCCUGGCAAGAGGGACAGCCCCCCCAACCCCCCAAGUUCAUGAGGCCUGGCUAUUGCAAUAUUUACUAGUAGAGGAACUCUAUAGCAAGAUGAAGAGGAAAUACAAACAAAACACAAAAAACACAAAAAAAGAGAAAUACUUUUUUAUACCUCACUAUGUUCUUUGAAUAUGUAUUUUUCCUUUAAAUUUCUGCCUUUAAUUCUUUUGUUCCAAAGAUUGUGCAUUUUCUUUUCUUUUUUUUUCCUUUUUUUUUUUUUUUUUAACUGUGGUAAAGAGAAAAAAAUAAUGCAUUUCCAUGUCUGUAUAUCCGGGCGGAGGUUAGUUCCACCAGUCACUGAAGAGGCGAUUUACUAGGAAGGAAAGACAUUAGGAACUGUUAUGAUGCAACUAAUCAGGAGCCAGCAGACAGCGUGAUCUUAAGGCGUCUGGUGCCGAAUGGUUGUGUAAUAGACAAGUAGGAAGAGAAGAGAUGUCCUUUUUUUCCUCGUUUCUGCAACCGGCCACUCGACUUUCUUUGCCUUCUAUGAUUCCGGGCUGUGGAGCAUAGGAGGACAUUGACUGUGGCUGACAUCCACUUGCUGAGGUCGGGGAUAGGAGUUUGAACUUGCAAAGUAGGGGAGUGACAAAGAGGCUCCCGUCCUCUCCUCUUUCCCUCAUUUCUCCAUCCUUUUCGUAACCCCGUGACAUGCGCAGACUGGGACCGUUGGCGUGUUUUUUGGAAUAGUUGGAGAAAAGACUCUCGGAGAAACGGGCCUUGGAGCGGACUCUGGACAGGGGAAACCGCCAUUUCCUCUUCUUCCUACAGUGGCAGUCCUGCAGGGAGUUUGCCCGUUUCUAAUCUGCCAGCCACCCAGCUCUUCUCUCCUUCUCAUAAGACCCAUGUCCUUGGGACGCGGGAAAUGAGGACCCCAGGGGUGGGAAAGCAGGAGCCUGGGGGGAGCCGUUCUUAGAGUCAUUAGUGGCGGCCUCAAAAAGGAAGGGGAAGAGGGAGGCACACUGUCCUGCGGAAGAUCCCGGUAUCGAGCAAGGGGCUGUGAGAUCUGCAGCCCCUAGGCCCCUCUCCCGAGCCACCCUGAAUCCGCUCUAUAGUCGGCCCGGUAGAGAGAAGGGGAGAUAGCAAGUGCCAAACUGCUCCCGGAUGCUUGAGGAUAAUUAAGGCACGUCAGGGCAGAAGGGGCCGCCUUACCUGAGGUCUGAAGCCAUAGGCAUUUCCAACUUCCAGGGCUCGGCGAGUCCCACCUCUAACCAUAGUCUGGAGUCUCGGCGACCAUUUCCACCCAAGCCCUUGGUACCCGCAGGAGGCUUCUACGUGAACGCCGCGGGACGCAAAUCUAGGGCCCUAACGUUUCUCCUUUCCAAUCUCCAAAGGAGGAUUUCGGUAGCAGUGGCCGGAAGAGAAGCAGGCGGUCUUGGCAGUGAGUCGCUGCCAUCCAUCGAGCCUCAAUUUUAUAAAUUAGAGAAGCGGGGGAGCCAAAGGACCCCCUCCAGCUGAUAGCUAUAGCCAUGUUCCCAGUAACCCUUGCAAAGGAAAGCAGGUGGGUCUUGAAGCCUUUCUAAAGCUAAAGCGUUAGUGAAAUAGAAAAGCUCGGUCUGUCGCCCUGGUCCACCCACAAUGGUACUAGGGUGAUCUUUUCACCCAAAAUGAGGGCGGUUGAGGGAGCUAGUUAGGACAGCAAGUUAGUGAGGCUUUUUGGCUUCUCGCUACCACACGUUCGCUCCUCGGCUGGUAACUGACCCAGACCCCGAAUCAGGAAGUCUGGUACGGCGUAGCACAAAGCAUUUCUAGGCGAGUGGAGUUUUCCUUGUGGUGUUACCGGUCCUCCACACACCUCCCAGCUCCCUGUUCUCCCUCUGGGCCCUUCCCACCGAGGCCACGAAGAGGAUUGUUGCCUGGAAUUGAGGGAGACCGCCGCCAAGCUAGACCACCCAAAUCUAACGAUUCUUUGGAGGGAUAGCUAGAGCAAGGGGACACCCAAACUGCCAGCCCAUUGGUCACUUUUUUUUUUUUUUAGGUUUUUUUUUUUUGUUGUUUUGUUUUUUUUCCAAGCCAAAGUUUGGUUUGUUGCUGUUAAGGUGACUUUUGCUUUGUGUGUGUGUGUGUGUGUGUGUGUGUGUGUGCGUGUGCGUGUGUGUACAUAUUUUACUUAGACUGAAAACCGGGAGGGCGGGAGUAAGGGGGAAGGUGGGUUUUUUUGUUUUGUUUUGGAUUUUUUUUUUCCCCUAGAGGGAGAUUUUGUUGUUGAAAGAAAAUGCCCAAGAGCAAUGUAGUGUCCCAGCAAAGCCCAGGCUGUUUCCACGAUAUGGCAAACAGGAAGCCCCCUCUGGAGCUGAGACUAGGCUAAGACCCUCCCACCUCCCUCCCACCCCCUAGCAAGUAGAGAAGAAGUUGGUGGGGGGGUGCUGAGAAGUGAAGGGACUUGGGACACUCGUCCCUUGAAGGGGAAUUGGGGCCCGGGCCUGGUGGACUGGGCAGUUGCCAUGAUGUCUAGCGGUGGCAGCUGAAAUCCAGGGGCCUUUUCGUGCAUGUCAGUUCAGCUGGUUCUGGCUGCAGCUUCCGAAGGGCCAAACUCUUGUGUCCUCCAGUGGGAUUUGGGGCCCGGGCUGCCUCUGAGGUCCACAGUGACUCUCCAGUUCCCUGGGGAACCUCUGCUUUGGUUGCAUGGUCAUUGAUUUUCAGCGUUGGUGCUGAGAAUCGGGGCUCUCGUCCUAGAAGCACCUGGGUUUUCCCCAUAGCGAAUCGUCCUAUGCAUUGACCCCUUCCCCCAACACCCCCCGCCCAGGACUCCCCAAUUUGCAAAGUCACUAGAGUUCUGACCCCCACAGCCAGGCUCCUCAGGGUUUUCCUUGCUGAAGAGCCCCAGGUCACAGGUGAGAAGGGGCAGGACUCCCAAGAGAGCUGGGCUCUUGGUUGGCUCGGUUCAGGGAAGUCACUAGGUUAAUUCCUGAAAUUUCCUGCCGAUUGACACUAAGCAAAUGGUCUCCCAGCCCCUGCUGUGGACCUUACUGAACUGCUUGAAGGGAAGCAAGGAUCUCCCCGGGACCGUUUUGGCCCUGUGUCCUCUCGUGACUCCCGGUCUGGAGGAUCCAAGAGGGAAGCCCGGCAGACUUCCGUCCCCUUGGGGACUAGAGUGGGUGUCGUGAGCAGGGCUUUUCAGCCAAGGGGGAGCCUGGCGGUUCCCCUCUCUGCGCUUCCGUCCUCGGCCCCGGACUUCUGGGGGUAGACUGGUGAUGCAGGCCUGGAGAGGGACCACCCUGGAACCGGCCACGUUCUGGAGCCGUCACCCGGGGCUCGGUCGAUCCCGAGAUUAUGCAAGUGGGGUCCAAUCGGGGCCCGGGUGGCAGGGGGACCCCACCGGCUGGGUGGCAGCUCACGGGGCGAUCCGGAAGGCUCUCCUCCUUUAGCCGAGUCCAGCUCCAGGGGGUGAACUUCUCGCCUGCUGCUCGCCGCCCUCCGGCACAGUCACGGGAAGCGUCCAGGACGCCCUCCUGGGUUUGGAAGCCGGGAGCCGGGGGUGGGGUGUGGAUUUGAAGCGUACGUUAACCUGUUUGCACUGUUUUAAAAUAGGAAAAAUAGUGAGCAGGGUGAGCAUCCAAUGUAAACUUCUGUGUGUGUUUAUUUUUCUGUCAUGCUUUUGAAAUGUCGACCCUUUGGAGUCUACACCAGUGAAACUUGAUUCUUUGUUGCAUAAAACACUAUUUUUGGGUGAUGUCAAUGUCUGAAAAGCCCCUCUCUCCUACCCCGGUCCCUUGGCUUGCCCCACGAGGGCCCUUCAUCCUUGCUUUCUUGUACGGUGAAAUCACCGGACCACAGAGCAAGCGGCGGUCUGCCCCUUCGAGGUGGGGUGGGGAGACGGGGUGGGGUUCUUUCCAAGCUUCAUCUGGGGCCGGGCCGGCGGUCCAGCUUGGGGAGUGUAGCGGGGGUCCCGGCCCCUGGCAUUGGCCUGGGGGCGACAGCCCUGGCCGCGGAGGGAGGACGGGCUUCUGGCUCCAAAGGUUGGCAACGGGCUGGGAUGGUGUUCUUCCUCACCUCCCCUUCUCCCCUCCCACCCGGGGCUGCGCUACAGCCAGCUCAGAUUUACUCAGGAAAACAGGAGAUCGAUUCAGCCAUGGUAGCGUUGGCUGGGGUGGGAGCAGGAUGGGGGACGGAGAAAGAGCGGCCCACCGGCCCGGCCGGAGAUCCCGGCCCGACGACCGGGGGGCCGCCGACCGCCAGCAGCCGAAGGGUUGAGCAUCCUCCUCUCCCGCCAAAAACCGGCAGGCGGCAACCAAAAUGGAGUUCCUGCCCCUCCCCGCAUUUUUUGGUGGGGUUUCCCCCGGGGGGGGGUGGGAAGACGGUCCAGCCCCCGAGACUCCCAGCUUCAGCCCUUUCUUUGUAUUUUUUCUGUUCACAGUAUUUGUGUGUGCGUGCGUGGGGGGGGGGGUGUGUGUGCACGCGCACACGUGCGUGUGUUUUGGCAGCUCAGUUUGGCUGUAUUAUAUAUCGAGUGAUGAUUUAAUCCUCUUUUUUUUUUCCUACGGGAUAUGAAUAUUUUUUUUUUCCUCUUUCUGUUAUAAUUCUGCUUGUGAAUAGCUGGAGCAAAGCCCGGGGCUGACAGAAGGCACAACAUGUAAGCUAGGGCCGCAGGGAGCUGGCGGAGCUGAUGGGGAGCGGAGCUGCCCCUCCCUCCCUCUCUUCCUCCCGGCCCGAUGGUCUUGAGGCUCUGAGUUUAUCAGCCCAUGCCGUUGCAAGGCAAAAAAGAAAAAAAAAAAAAUUGCCACCCAAACCCCGGUGGCAGUGAGCGAUUCACCCCUGCCGCGGUCGGUUUCUCCCGCCCCCACCCUCCCCAUUGCCAUGGCAACACAGGUACCUUUGGGGCACAGGACGCAUCCGACGGGAUGCACGUACACUGACCACCUGGCCGUCCUUCCCUCUCUCCCCUGGUCCCCGAUCACUUCCUAGGACACCCGAGCUGCUCGCCCAGGGUCCCGUUUCCCUGACGACGCCAGAGAAGCAUCCCGGGGCUUUGUGACAGUCUCUACUUCCCUUCCCUUCUCGUUAAGUAUCAUAUUGUAUAGUAGCUUUCAGACCAUACAGUAUUCAUUGGGUUACUCCUAUUAUUAUCAAGUAGCUGGAAUUGUGAAGGUCGGAGUAGUUAGAUCUUUAGCUUUUAUUCCUUUUUUUUUUUGUAUUCCUAUCCAUGUGUAUAAAUUAUUGAUCAUGUUGCUGGCUUUUAUAAACUCUAAGCGAGGGAGGAGCACUGCCUCAGCCUUUGCAAAUGGUAAUGAAGCACUGUUUUUAAAUAAAAGAGAGAAACACCA